AAGAGAUGGGCGUGUGAUGCCGUGGUCACUAUGGCGGGAAGGCACUGGAAUCGCAGUCCGGGUUCUGGCAUUUGGUCGCGCUAAAUUAUUACGUCCCUGCCUUAGUCUGGAAAACUGGUAGGGAGAGAUUCUUAUCUUAGUGGAGUGGGGUGGAGAAGGACACCCGGCCCCGGCGCAGCGGAGUCGGGUGGAGGUCCCUGGGGCUGCCCGGCGAGCCUGCUGCCUGGACCCUCCGAACAGGUCCAGGCGCCAAGGAAACUCGGCCCUCACUUUGCCACCACCUCUGCUGGGAAGGGAUCUUCACGGGCCGGGUGCAGCCAGCUCCCUGGGGGGUGGGCGGCGGCCUGGGGGCUGCUAUGGCCCCCAGCCACCUGUCCGUGCGGGAGAUGAGGGAAGAUGAGAAGCCCCUGGUGCUGGAGAUGCUGAAGGCUGGCGUGAAGGACACAGAAAACCGCGUGGCUCUCCAUGCUCUCACUCGACCCCCAGCCCUGCUGCUCCUGGCAGCGGCAAGCAGUGGCCUGCGCUUCGUCCUGGCCUCCUUUGCCCUGGCCCUCCUGCUACCCGUGUUCCUGGCGGUGGCUGCGGUGAAGUUGGGCCUGCGAGCCCGCUGGGGCUCUCUGCCUCCGCCCGCCGGCCUGGGGGGCCCCUGGGUGGCUGUGCGGGGCUCUGGGGACGUGUGUGGGGUCCUUGCCUUGGCCCCUGGCGCUAACUCAGGGGAUGGAGCCCGGGUCACCCGCCUCUCUGUCUCUCGCUGGCACCGCCGCCGGGGUGUGGGUAGGAGGCUGCUGGCUUUUGCUGAGGCCCGGGCCAGAGCCUGGGCAGGCGGCACAGGGGAGCCCCGGGCCCGGCUCGUGGUCCCAGUGGCCGUGGCUGCUUGGGGGGCCGUUGGGCUGCUGGAGGGCUGUGGCUACCAGGCUGAGGGCGGCUGGGGCUGCAUGGGCUACACCCUGGUGAGGGAGUUCAGCAAAGACCUGUGACCCAGGGAGGCUGAGAGUAGGAGGGAGGCAGCAUCGAGCGAUGACCCAGGAAGCAAGGGAGUGGUGUCUGCUGUGUGUCCAGCACUGCUGCAGCGGGCUCAGGGCACAGAGAGGUCUGAGAAUGCCAAGACCCAGCCUGCGUGCAGCCUCUGAGCUGAGGGCCCUCUCGAGCCCUGCUUCCUGUCAUUCCGUGUACACGGGGAGGACUCCCUGGUCUGCCUGGCCUGGACCCACAGGGCCCUCGAGGGACAUACUUGCUCGGAGCGAGGGGCCCAAGGGGCCAGACUCCAUGGGAGCCAGGCGGGGCUGGUGGGUACAGGACUGCAGUCCCAUCUGUUUUUUUACACCCAUUUGUUAAAUAAAGCCUGGAACCGCGG